AUGAGUACGAUAUCUGCGGCUGCACCGGAUUCGCCCCCUGACCUGUCGGGGUCGAAGUCGUCCAAAUCUUCCUCCUUCCACACGUCCUCGCACCAGUCAAACUCCGAUGGCGUGUUUGCCGACAUCUCCAACUUCGAGGACAUCGCCCUGGAAGAUGACCUGGUUGCGCAGUUCGGCAGUAAUGCCCUAGACCACCGCCACUUCGACCAGGGCCCGUAUCCUGUCCAGUCAACCAGCGUGCCUGGCAAGAAACAGAGCCUCAGGCGCAAGCAGCACCUCCCGAACCUGCACCAGAAGAACCCAGACGCCGCGGUCCGCACCAAGAGCAACACCGCUGUCAUGACCAUGAGAGACCUGACCGGCCCCGCAAGCAGGCAGAGCAGUGCUCCCGGCGGUCUGCACACUUCUCACAGCACCUAUGGCCGCCAUGGAUUCGCGCAUUCCACUCCUCAUGUUAAUGGCAUGGCCCAGUCCAUGCAGUCCCUAUCUAUACAGCCACCUUCCGCCAGACGAGCGCUGAGCAGCACGUCGGAUCCGUCUUUACUCCUCCAUCCAUCAUCGAAAAAUAGACAGCUGCAGCAGCAGCAGCAACAACAACAUCUUCAGCAACAGCGGCAACAAUCCCGAUCCCCUUCGCCCAGUGGUAGCACUUAUUCCAGUAGCCGCAGCCGGUCACAGUCACGGAACCGCCCUGGUCCUUCACUGCCCCAUGACUCUGGUAUGUCUGCCUCUUCCACUGGAACCCUCUCCCGACCUAUGUCGCGGCAGCCGAGCCGUAAGUCAGUCAAGGAGCUGGAGGAAGAGUACCAUGACUCGGACGAGGAUCUCCCCGAGGAUGCCACGCUGUGGAAUGUUCCAAUCUCUCCGCGCCCGCAGGACGAGCGCCCCAGAGGCCGGGACAGCAGUCGCUCGCAGAGCCGUAGCCCUGGCCCGAGACCUAUCCCGUUACACGACUCUACGCCACAGCUUUCUUCUCCGUCAACUUCCCCGCCUCCUGGAAGUGCUACCCCAAAAUACAGACCAAAACACAGACGCGGCCGGUCACGGUCCAUGGGUCCCAGCCCGCGAAUGUCCCGAGGUACCAGCAGUCCAGCUGCUCCCGCCGACCGUCGGGGACCCAAGGCAAACACCUGGAAUGUAGUCAUGUCAGAGCUCUCCGAGGAAGCAAGGAUCAUCACCGAAGCACUGGAGUUCCAUGCCGAUGAGGCUGCCCGGGACCACGAGGCCAGAGUCCAGGCCGGAUUGAAGCCUAGACCGAUACCAAGCAACAAGCGGGCUUCUGGCGGGAUGAUCGAGCUUCCACCUUUGCAGAGACCGAAUAUCAUGAUCGAUCCGCUGCCGAUAAGCAAAGAAAAGGAAAAAGUCCUCUCCCGGACACGACCCAGCUGGCUGCCUCCCAAGGACCAGAAAGAAGAAAAGAAGCAUCUCAAGGAGUACAAGCGGAUGAUGGCCUUAUCUAGGGAAGCCGACAAACGACGGGCGGCGGAAGAAGCGUCAGCACAGUGUAAGAAGGACGACACGCGGAAGAUGCUGCAGCGCAUCUGGGACGACUAUGUGUUCCCCGACUGGGACAGGGUGAUUGCCGAACCCCGGACGCGAGAGCUAUGGUGGCGCGGUAUCACGCCUCGGUCUCGUGGAGCGGUGUGGCAGCGAGCCAUCGGUAACGAGCUGGCCCUGACGGAAGAGUCGUAUGUCAAGGCGCUUGAACGGGCCGAGCAGCUCAGGGGCAAGACCGGCGACGGGUACAAAUGGGCCCACGAGCGGUUUGCAGCCAUCCGCAGGGACGCAGCCAGUGCCUUUCCUGCCCUGAACGUGUUUGCUGAGGGCGGACCGCUGCACGAGAGCCUGGUGCAGGUGCUGGAAGCGUAUGCCAUGUACCGCAGUGACGUGGGCUACAUCCACGGCAUACACAGCAUUGCUGCUGUACUGCUUCUGCAGCUGCACACGGCCUCUGCAGCGUUUUUGACUCUGGCCAAUGUCCUGAAUCGACCAGUAGCACUGGCCUUCCUAACGUCUGACCCCGGAGCCACCGCCAGAGCGUACAGCCUGGCCUCUGCAACGCUGCGUCUGAAGUUCCCGCGCCUGUCGACGCACCUGUGUGAGAACCUGUGUCUGUCCGACGCACAGAUCUGGGAGCCCAUGUUCCGCUCUCUCUUCACGAACGGGCUGGACGUCGACCACGUCUCGCGCAUCUGGGACUGCUGGGUGUUUGAAGGCGACCGCAUCCUGUUCCGGGCGGGCGUGGCCGUGCUGGGCUGCCUGGAGACGCAGCUGCUAGGCCUGGUGCCGGGCGAGGAGGGCCAGCGGGGCGCCGUCGACGUGCUGGGCUGGGGCUCGAAGCGUCUGUCGAAGCGAGGCCGCAGCCGGUCGCCGUCAGAGGCCGCGGACGGAGAAGCAGGAGCAGAGAGGAAGCUGUACUGGUCUUUGGGCACUCAGGGGACGGACGCCUUUAUGCAGCUGGUCAGGGAGGCCGGAAGGUGA